GUCCGUCAGAGGAGUAGAUUGGUUUCGUGUUUCGCGUCAAGUCCGUUGGAAGCAAACCAUCAGGUCUGUUUCUAGUCGCUUCCAUUCGUCGCCAUGAUGGGGCUACGAGAAGACUGUCGCUUUCUGUUUUUAGCUUCCUUUCUUGUGACAUGUGGGACGACGCUUGCUCAGGGACCCUUACCCCGAACACCGAGCGACAUACUUAAGUCAAACGGCUACCCAUCGGAGGUGCAUCAUGUAACAACGGAAGACGGAUACAUUCUGCAACUUGACCGCAUACCACAGCCUGGCAAACCAGUGGUUUAUCUCGCCAAUCAACUGGUCAGUUCAGCAGCAGCAUAUCUGAUCCUCGGGAAAGGCAAAUCAAUUGGUUUCCUCCUCUAUGACGCUGGAUUCGACGUGUGGUUAAGUAAUUUCCGCGGCACCAACUUCUCUCUCACCCAUAAAACGUUGUCCAGCUCCGAUGACAAAUUUUGGGAGUUCGGGUGGCACGAGCACGGCACGCUCGACAACCCGGCCCUCAUCGACUACAUAGUCGCGACCACCAAGCAGCCCAGCGUCGUGUUCAUGGGCCACUCCAUGGGGGCCACCACCUUCUUCGUGACGGCCUCGGAGCGCCCAGACACUCUUAAAAAAAUCAGCGCUGCUUUCGUGAUGGGCCCUGCCUCGUUCCUGGCGCACCACCGCAACCCAGCUCUCAGCAUCUACCACCCCGUGGCCAACAUCACGCAGAGAAUUGCAGACCUGACUCACCAUCACCGACAGCCUGUUGAGUUCAUCCGUUCGGUCAUCGACCGGAUUUGCAAUAGCGCCCGGAGAUUGAAUCAAGAGCUCUGUCGUUUGGCGGGACUGAGCCCCGAUGAUCGCAUACUGUCGGAUAUAGGCAUUUUCUUCCCAGCUGGAGGAUCGCUCGGGCAAAUUUUGCACUACGCGCAGUUGGGUGAUCGGAAAUGGCCAGGUUUCCGAAAGUACAAUUACGGUACCAGAGGGAAUCGCGCCAGGUACGGGCAGGACACUCCACCUGACUACAACCUCGCUAAUAUCAACACGCCUAUUUUCAUGUACUACGGACAAGACGACAGCUGGUGCACUGAAGAGGACAUGGCACUUCUGAGAAGCAACUUGAAAAAUGUAAGAAAGUCUUUCAUUCCUCUGAGGAAGAACUUCAAACAUCGUGAUUUCGUUCUCUCCGACACAGCCUACGAAGAUGUGUGGAAAGAGGUGUUGAAGGAUUUGGAUCCGUACCUAAGGCAAAGUUGAAGUAAUGCCAAUGAGAGAUUAGGUUACUCUCCACUUACACUGGAGAAAAUCUGAGUUCCAAUAAAAAUAAGAUCAUUGCAAGGAA